AAAACGGACCCGGAAGUGCAGCUGUAAACAUUGGUGAAAGCUGUUAUCUUCUGUUAAAGAUGGUGUACGUGGCUAAUGGUCAGGUCCUGGACAACAGGAUGCAGUCGCCAUGGCGGCUGUCUCUCCUGGUCGAUCUCUUCUGGGGAGUAGUGGAGUUUUUCGGACUGUUUUUCAAGACAAUAAUUCAUCCUGACAUGACAAAGGAUGGAUACGGCGGUUCGUCAAGCUACAGUGAUGGCAGAGGUCCUCCAGGUCCCCCUGGUAGUAGAAGAAGGAUGGGAAGAGUAAACCAUGGUGCAGGUCCCAACGCCCCACCAAUGGGUGGAGGAGGAUGAGGAAGGUAA